AUGGAACGUCGAAAAUUACAAUUUGAACUACCUGUCUUCAACAGUAAUUUAAGUGUUAAUGAUAUCCGUAAUUUCGUGUUGAACUUUAGGCUAAAAUCAGAAAUGGAUGUCAUAAUUUUGAUUUUUUGGAUAAGCCUUCAGUCGUUUUUAUAUGUUGAAUCACUAUUUCCUAAAAUUGAUUAUUAUGAACCUGUUGAAUUGAUCAGUUCAAAUGCAGACUUAAUUAACAAUGUUUUAGUACCAAAUCAAAGAGUUAAAACUGAAAGUUCAUCAUUAUUUAUAAGUGAUAGCAAUAGUGACAAUAUAUAUGUUAUUUUCCGAGCGUUUCAGAAAACAUUUGACAUUCGCCUUUUCCCAGACACUUCUGUUAUUUCUCCUACAACUAAAAUUACCGUCUAUGGUGGUUCAGAAGGAUCAUUGAAUGGUACUUCAUACGAUGUUUCUAAAGAUGUCUUAUAUUCGGGACAUUUAAAAGACAUGCCAGAUUCUACAGUUUACGGCUAUUUUACAAAAGGUGUUUUUGUUGGUACAAUCCGUGGUGACAACAUAACAUACUAUACAGAUGUAGCUGACGACAAAUAUUUUACCGUCAAUGGAAGCUACAAAUCUUUUAUGUAUAGGGCUUCAGAUUUUACACUUUGCGACUCCAAAUCGCCUAAUAUUUGUAAAGAAAUAGACCACUAUAAGGAAGGACCACGUGUAGCAGACAGGUCGUCGCGAUCACAAGGAAUGAAUCAAACUGUUUCCCAGAAACCUAUUCUUAAUAAAUUUGGAUUUUGGAAAUCAACUAAGGUAUGCGGCAUGGAAGUAGUUGCAAGCAACACCUUUUAUGCUGCCAAAGGAAAAGACGAAAAAGCUGCCACUUCAGAGAUGACGUAUUAUAUUAAAACUGCUAACGAUGCUUUCGUGGAUACGAAUUUUGAUGUGGGUUUUAAAGCUGGUCUUCAUAUUGAUAAAGUUACAGUUUAUGCAUCAGAAACUGAUGAUCCAUUUAACGGCGUUACUGGAAAGGCAGAAAAAUUUUUAGAGAAGCUUACGAGUCUUGAGCAGAGUUAUUGCUUAAGUUUGGCUUUCUUUAAUGAAAACUUUCCUAAUCAUGUAAUGGGCUUGGCUUACAAACCAUCCCCUGGCGUAACUGGUGGAAUAUGUCAAAAGCCCGUCGAGAUGAAUGGAGCAACCACGUACCUCAAUACUUUGAUAGCGACGAUUAAGCACGAAGAUACACCUGUACCAAAACUGGGUGUAGCUGUAAUUGUAUCCCAUGAACUAGGGCACAGUUUUGGUGGGCCACAUGACAAAGAAGGAGUCGUUGAUAAAUGUUCUCCGGGGGACGAUGACGACGGUAAUUAUAUAAUGUAUCCUGCUGCCAAUUCUGGAAAAAAACCUAACCAUCUAAAAUUCUCUUCUUGUAGCAUAGAGAAAAUGUCUGCUAUGUUGAAGGAAAAAGGCUAUUAUGAAGAACCGUUAGACAAAUGA